AUGGCUUCUGAUAAAAUAUUUAUGACCUUUGUCAUCGUUGUUUCAACUGUUCUUUAUCGAGUAUUGGACUAUCAAAACUCAAUGUUAGAAAGAGAAAUUCUACGUUUUAGUGGACCUGCAACAUGUUCCGUAAAUUCAGACAAGGAUUUCGCAAUGAUGGUUGAAAUAGGUAACGAAACUUUCUUGAAAAUGUUACGCAAUGUCUAUGUGAAUUAUGAGGAUCAUCGAGGAAAUGCUGUAGAAAAAUAUAUCGUUAAUCGUUUAAAAAAAGAAGGGGAUGAAUUCUGGAUUAAUAGAAUAUUUUAUCGUACGAUGAAAUGUGAAGAAGCAGAUUUGAAAAAUGAAUUCUAUAUAAAAUUAUUAAAAGAAAUGCAAAAACAAAAAUUAACUGGACGAUACUCUGAAGACGAAGUUGAAGAUAACAUCAAUCGAUUGGAACAACUUUAUGCUAAAAGAAUUCAGGGCCCAUCAUCGUCGAUUAUUGAAGAAACCAUUAUUGAAGCAGCUCCAAAAUAUACUUCAUCAUAUAAAUUACAAUUUUUAGAAACAUUUCGAGCAGAUAUGAAUGAAUUUUCUAAAUUUGGAAAAUACGUAGACGCUCUCUGGAAAGACUUGAGUACUUUGUGUAUAAAUUAUGAGUUUAACAACGUAAAUAAGGCAGCAUUCUAUGUCGAGUUGUGUUGGAUACUGUCUCAUAAAAAAUAA